UACUGCGGAAGCUGUUGCUUCCAAGCUGCAGCUAGGAAUCACAGUCAGUCUUCAAUUCGUUACUGCUAGCGAAAGCAUCUCUACAAUCAAGAAAGAGAGCAAAGUUUUCAUUCAAUAUUUUAUCUACCACGGACUUGUUUUCACUGUUGUACCACGUGUGCAGAGUUCAGCUUCAUGUUGCGCAGCAUGAAGCUGGAUUACACGGUUCAAAUAUUUAACCCAAUGGUAAACAGCUAGAUCUGUUUCGAAAACAAUGGUGAUUAAUGAACACUAACAUUUCUAAGGAAACUCUCUCAGAAAACAAUUCAAACCAUUCACUAACAAAAUGACAGAUACCACUCUUUGAUACAACGCUGUGAUACAACACUGUGAUACGACACGGACGCACAUCAGAUUACAAACGUGAAAUACUUUGCAAGAGAAUAGCGGAUACAUGAAAACCACGGCUGAUAAAUAACAUAAUGGAAGCGGAAACAAACGCAAGUGUUGUAUAUCUUAAACAAAGAUUUGAACAAAGGAAACAUUAUUAAAUGAAUCACAGGACCUAUUGUAAUCCAGCUAUAUAAGAACACCAAAAUAUUAAGUUAAUAUACAAACACACACAGAAACACACACACUCACACACACAGACACACACACACAUAUGCAUAUAUAUAUACCACCAUAUGCACAUAUACACACAUAUAUAUGACUAUAUAUGUGUGUAUAUGUAUAUAUGUGUACAUACAGAAAUCAUAGAUAUAUAUACAUGAAAUAUUAAAAAUGGCAAGUAAUCGCAUUCUACCAAACUGUACACAAAUCGCAAUGCAGAAUGCUACUGCAACAGAGGAAGCCGAAGAGAGAGAAUACAGUGAAUUUUAUACGCAAUCGCAAUUUAUUACUGGUCUUAUACUUUAUCCUAUAUUUUGCAUUCCAGGAAUAAUUGGCAAUGCACUAACAAUAAUUGUAUUGACACAAAAGACGAUGCGAACCUCGACAAAUGCAUUCCUAAGUGCGUUGGCAAUUUCAGACAUGAUUAAAUUGAUGAAUGAUUUAAUGUACUUUAUAGUUCUUCUUAUUUCACGAUCCUAUCCGACAAUAGGCAAAACAGCAUUUGGCUAUAUUUAUCCGUACGCUCAUUUUAUAUUCAACCUUGCAGCCUGUGUUUCGUCAUGGCUGAUCGUAUCAGUUGCAGCUGAAAGAUAUCUAAUGGUAUGUCAUGCGGCACAAGCUAAAACCUUAUGUACCCGAAGGAUCGCAAUUAUUGUCAGUGCUGUUAUUUACACAUGCAUGACUAUUCUUGCCAUACCGUCAGCUAUAAGAUAUAAAACUGUAUCCUGCUUUGAUUAUAAUCAAAACAAAACGGUUUAUGACAUACACGUAACUGAAUUAUGGAUGAACGAGAAUUUCGAGACAGCUUACAAUUGGAUACAAAAUUUACUAAGAUCUGUAAUUCCCUUUUUGGUGCUAAUCAUACUUAAUACUUAUAUAAUUAACGCUCUUCGAAAAACGCGAGCCAAUCGAAGAUUUUCAGCAAGAAACAGAAUCACGUUCAUGUUAAUUAUGGUUAUUGUUGUUUUUGUAGUUUGUAUCACACCGGACGCUAUCAUGUCAGCAUGCUUCGGCUUAGGUUAUUAUGACGAAAAUCUACUCGUCAAAGGUAUUCGAGAAUUCACAGAUACACUUUUAGCUGUGAAUGCUGCAUUAAAUUUUGUACUCUACUGUUUGUUUAACAAAGUGUUUCGUGAGCAUUUCCGAACGAUAUUUUGUCAUCGUUUAGGUGGUCGACGUAUUACAAUGGAACCUGAUGAAAGUGAAUAUAGGCGGUUAUCAGAUCAAAAAAAUAACCUGUCUAUAGCAACAAAGCUAACAAUUCAAAAAACAGCUACGACACACGUUUGAAAACAUAUCUGACUGGUUGUGAGCAUAAAGAUUUUUGACAAUGUGUACGGAAAUAUCAAAAAUGUGUAAAUGUGUAUAAAUAUCUUGGUGACACAAUUCCUAAAACACUGUACAUUUAACUCCCAUUUUAAUUUCAUCAUUUUAACUCACAUUUAAGAGAAAAAAAAUGUUUACUGAAGCUAAGUUAAGUAUGGAUAAAACUAUUUGUACCACUUGGGUUUAAAAACGUUAUUAGAACACAUUUUUUUUCAGAAAGACGACUUCGAAUAAAGGCACAUGGUACUUCAGGAUUGGUUCCAUAGACAAAAUCGACAUAAAUAUAUGCAUAAACGCACAUAUAUGAUA